UCGCUCGGAAACCUCCUCCCGUUCUGCGCCUGCGCGCUCACGACCUACCAGGAAGUUCACACAUUCUACGUAACCAGCGCAGGACGCAGCGGAAAAAAAAACUUGUGGGAGAUUUUUGAAGAUUUAGCCGCAGUUUGGAAGCUUGUAAAGAUGUCAUCAGGCGCUCUGUUUCCAAGUUUGGUCAGCGGCUCAAGGGGAAGCUCCAGCAAGUACCUGGUGGAGUUUCGUGCUGGUAAAAUGACCUUGAAGGGGAACACGGUAACACCUGACAAACGCAAGGGCUUGGUAUACAUCCAGCAGUCUGAUGAUUCCCUGAUCCACUUCUGCUGGAAAGACAGAACCACAGGAAAUGUUGAUGAUGACCUGAUAAUCUUCCCCGAUGACUGUGAGUUUAAGAGGGUGAGCCAGUGCACCACCGGACGUGUCUAUGUGUUGAAGUUCAAGGCUGGCUCCAAAAGGCUUUUCUUCUGGAUGCAGGAGCCCAAAACGGACAAAGAUGAGGAGUACUGCCGUAAGGUGAAUGAUUAUCUGAACAACCCUCCGAUUCCUGGAGGUCCUGGCAGUGGAGGUGGCAGUGGUCACGAACUGUCUGCACUGGGAGGAGAGGGAAGCCUCCAGAACCUGCUGGGAAAUAUGAGCCACAACCAACUGAUGCAGCUUAUUGGUCCAACUGGGCUUGGUGGAUUGGGAGGCCUGGGAGCUUUAGCAGGACCAGGCCUAGCGAACCUCCUGGGCAGUGGGGGUCCACCCACCAGCAGCUCCUCAUCCAGCUCUCGAAGCCAGGCAGCCACAGCGGGCUCUUCUUCAUCAGCCGGAGCCCCCAGGCUGAGCUCCACCCAGACACCAACCACCCCUACACCUCCUGCUGCCUCUGCUCCCUCCACUACUGCUGCUGCUACCCCCUCCACACCAGCUCCAGCUCAGACACCUGUGGCCCCAGCCUCUGUUGGAAGCCCUCCCCCUCAUCAGCCCAUCCAGCUCAGUGACCUUCAGAGCAUCCUGGCCAACAUGAAUGUUCCUGCAGCAGCUGCUCAGGGACCUGCAGUGGACCUCACGAGUGUUUGCACCCCGGAGAUGAUGGCUCCCAUCCUGACCAACCCUGAAGUCCAGCAGAGGCUCCUCCCCUUUCUCCCGAGUGGAGAAAGCUUACCACAGAGUGCUGAGGAGAUCCAGAACACCCUCAACUCACCUCAGUUCCAGCAGUCCAUGAGUAUGUUCAGCAGCGCCUUGGCUUCUGGACAGCUUGGCCCACUCAUGAAUCAGUUUGGUCUGUCAGCUGAAGCUGUGGAUGCUGCUAACAGGGGAGAUGUUGACGCAUUUGCCAGAGCCAUGCAGGGCAGCAAAGGAGACACCAAAGAGAAGAAAGAGGACGAUGAAGACAUGAGUCUAGAUUAGAGACCAGCCUGUCAAGUCCCACAUCUCUCUCUCUCUGUGCUCCUUUUUACCUCUUCUAUUUCCGCAUUGUCUUAACCCUUUUUAUACACCACAGGCAAUGCUGCUACUCAGGAGAAACAGAAUGUUAGCUUAGCUAAAGCUUACUCUGACCACCAUGUAGACUUUUCUGUGCUUUAGCAGUUCUCUGUUACCAGUUACGAUUUGUUUGAGACUCUACUGGGACUAAGCCUUAAGUUUCCUUUUUGUUCUUGAAGUACAGACUGUCAGAAGCUGUGUGAUGUCAGCUUUUUGGGACUAACCCUUUAUUAAAGUAAAAAGAUUAAAAACA